AUGGGCCCCGUCAAGUCCAAGAUGAGGAGCUGGAUUAUCACGACCGAGAGCUUACCAGCGGCCCUGGGGACAACGAUUGCAAGACGCAAGCUGCCUUGCGGACACCUGCUGGGGAACGUUCACACGCACGGGUGCGGCCGGGACAAUAGGCGGCCCGGUCUACCAUGCACGUGGACAAAUGUUGUUUCGUCUUCUGAGAAACUCCAACUGGACGAGAACAUUAUUCUGCGCAGUGCCAUCAUUGGCAAAGACAUGACUUCCGGCCUCGCUGUUUUCGCUCUGGACAGAGAUGGGGGAGAUGUAGAGUGCUGGACUGGGAGGGCUGAUCUUGCCUCGUACGCGCUCAAAGAGCCCCUCAAAUGUGAUCGAACGACGAUGACGAUGGCUGUUGGGCGACCGGAUCCAGACGCGGCCGGUGCCAUCGCUCAACAUGGGUGCACCGGCGUCUUACCUGCAGUAUCGGAUGGUCAAACGGAUGCCCCGGGCGCACCGUACAACGAGGGGAAAGGGACACAUGCAAUGGCAAGGACGGUUGUGAAUGGGACUGACUCGGAGAAGGAACCUACGGUGAUCGCGCUGGUAGUGCCGGCCACAAUGCACCGGGCACUCUGGGAUGCGCGUCGUGCCAUGUAUCUUAUGUAG